AUGUAUGGAACAGAAUGCCUGACACUCCUAGAUAAGCAUGAAAGUAGAAUUACCUCCUCAGAAAUGGGAUAUUUAAGAAAAGUCGUUGGAAAGACAAGGAGAGACAGAGUGAGAAAUGGAGUGAUCAGAGAUACUCUAAAGGAGGAAGAGCUGAUCAUUUCUGUCCAACGAAAAGCUUUAGGUUGGUAUGGACAUGUCACACGAAUGAGUGAGGAAAGAAAAGCAAGGAUGGUAAUAGAAGCAAGACCGGAGGGACGUCGAGGCAGGGGACGACCACGGAUGGAAUGGAGCGAGUAUGUGGCGAGUAUCGCGGCUGGAAAGGGAAAGACAAUGACGGACGUUAGGAGGAUGGCCCACGAUAGAGUGCAAUAUAAGAAAUGGCUGGAGGCACCCGACGCUUAG